GUCUGGGAGCGAUCCUUCCGUGGCCGAAAGCCGUGCUCCAUGGAAACUUUUGACCCUGCCGAGCUGCCCGAGCUACUUAAACUGUAUUACCGGAGGCUGUUUCCCUACGCCCAGUACUACCGCUGGCUCAACUACGGCGGAGUGGUAAAGAAUUACUUUCAACACCGUGAGUUUUCGUUCACAUUGAAAGAUGAUAUUUACAUUCGAUACCAAUCCUUCAACAACCAGAGCGAUCUGGAAAAGGAGAUGCAGAAAAUGAAUCCAUACAAGAUUGAUAUUGGCGCGGUCUAUUCCCACAGACCCAGUCAGCACAAUACAGUGAAGCUGGGAGCUUUCCAGGCUCAGGAAAAAGAACUGGUGUUUGACAUUGACAUGACCGACUAUGACGAUGUGAGGCGAUGUUGUAGUUCUGCAGACAUAUGUUCUAAGUGCUGGACCCUCAUGACAAUGGCCAUCCACAUCAUCGACAGAGCACUGAAGGAGGACUUUGGAUUUAAGCAUCGUCUCUGGGUGUAUUCUGGACGGAGAGGUGUUCACUGUUGGGUCUGUGAUGAAUCAGUGAGAAAGUUAUCGUCUGCGGUGCGUUCUGGAAUAGUUGAGUAUUUGAGUCUUGUAAAGGGUGGUGCAGAUGUCAAAAAGAAAGUUCAUCUCGGCGAAAAAAUCCACCCUUUCAUCAGAAGAUCUGUAAGCAUAAUCAAAAAAUACUUUGAAGACUAUGCCUUGAUUGGUCAAGAUAUUCUUGAAAAUAAAGCAAGCUGGGAUAAGGUUCUAGCACUUGUUCCUGAAACAAUGAAUGGUGAACUUCAAGAACGCUUCCAGACGUGCCACAGUUCACUUCAGCGUUGGGAACAUUUGAAGAAAUCAGCCAGUCAAUAUCAGAAUACCAACAAAAAUGAAAAACAUGGUUGCUGGCUGGAGUGGGAGAUCAUGCUCCAGUACUGCUUCCCACGGCUGGAUAUCAACGUCAGCAAAGGAAUCAAUCAUUUACUGAAGAGCCCCUUUAGUGUUCAUCCCAAAACAGGUCGUAUUUCUGUCCCUAUUGAUGUACAAAAGGUGGAUCAGUUUGAUCCAUUUGCCGUUCCAACCAUAAGCUCCAUCUGUCGUGAAUUAGACAUCAUUCCCACCAAUGAAGAGGAAAAUGAAGCUGAAUCUGAUGUCAGACCUAGAACCAGAGAUUAUAAGAAGACCAGUCUAGCUCCCUAUGUGAAAGUUUUUGAGCAGUUUCUUGAGAAACUGGAUAAAUCCCGAAAAGGAGAACUUCUCAAGAAGAGUGAUUUACAGAAAGAUUUCUGAAGAUAACUCCCCUAAAACAGGUGCAGUCUUCUACCUUCAUCCAAGCAUCAACUACUUCUCCGAGCCAUUUAAUACAUAUGGCGGAACCACUCGUGCAUCUUCAUAGAAGCAACACUUCAUUUUCUUGAGAAGCGAUUGUGUUGAAAAGAGUGUCCAGGUUCCUAGAAGAAGCAAUGGUUGCAUUUCAAAUAAGAUUUGUAAAUUUAAAUAUUCUAUGAGGGGGCUUCAAAAAGUUCAUACGGAAAAUAAUGGAGUUGGUCCACGAAGUUUUUGAAGUCUUCUCUUACAAAGAUAAUUCCAAUAUUCCUUUGACAGAUACUCAGUUCUCCCAGGUGCCAUAUAUAGCAGUAAGGGAGGGGAAAUAUGCCCAACGCUUGCAUCUCAGCCCACUAAAUACCGCUUCAGAUUUCUGGGCAAGGGAAGGCUUUGUCCUGAUGUUUCAGACAGUUGAGUUAAUUAUAUCUGACAUGUAAUCCAACACAUCUAAAUUUUGCUCACUGAUUUUUUAUUGAUUAGGCCAUACCCCACUGCCCUUUUUUUUUUUUUAAUCACUUAGAACAUCUAAACCUACCAACAUGUCAAGAGAUCAAUUAUCAGAUUAACGGUGUUAGGAUCUAGGAUGAUGUCCUUUAGACUAUCAGUAUUUGUAGCUUUUAACUUCUCUCAGAAAGCAACUGGUCUACUUCAUGUAAAGAAAAGUAGCUUAGAGAAAAAUAACCAACCCCACCAACAUAAAGCCCGCUGUCUUUGUGAAAGUG